AUGCUGCCGUUGGUCCUCCUAGGAUUUGGCGUUGCCUUUUCGUUGGGACAGAAUGACACGGAGCCUCUUGUUUUGGAGGGAAAGUGUCUGGUGGUUUGUGACGCAAACCCAUCUGCAGAGGGAGCGCUGACCUCCUCCUUCGGGAUAUCUGUCCGGGCAGGCGGUGCUAAAGUGGCUUUCUCUGCGCUCAGGGGAACCAACCAUGAACCUUCUGAUAUGAGCAAUACGUCUCUGACCAUCUACUUUGAUCAGGUCAGGGAUUAAUUGUUUAUUUUAUUCUUAGUUUUUUCAAAUUAGCAUAAUCUUCAUAAUGUACGUGUUUGUACUAUUUGGGAUUUAUUUUCUCUUGCAGGUAUUAGUAAACAUUGGCAACCAUUUUGAUCUGCAAGCAAGUGUAUUUCAAGCACCAAGAAGAGGCAUUUACAGUUUCAGCUUCCAUGUGGUGAAGGUUUACAACCGGCAGACUAUACAGGUGAGUGCAAAGAGAGGUCUUAAUUAAGUUGAGACGCCAAUUGUGAACUUGUUUUUGUUGUGUAUCACAUAUCCGUUGCAUUGCAUUCUGCAGGUGAACUUGAUGCACAACGAGUAUCCUAUCAUAUCAGCUUUCGCCGGGGACCAGGAUGUCACUCGAGAGGCUGCGAGCAAUUCAGUUCUUCUGCACCUGGAACGCGAGGACAAACUAUACUUGAAGCUUGAGCGGGGAAAUCUAAUGGGUGGAUGGAGGUACUCAACGUUUUCUGGAUUCCUGGUGUUUCCACUCUAA